UUUGCUACCAAGAAAGAGAAGCCUCCCUCCUCCUCUCUCUCCCUCUGCCAAAACGUUCUCUUUCCAAAAUUAUUUUAUCUGCGAAAUUAUCUGGAUCAUCGGCGAUCAAUCGAAGCAAAACUCGUUUGAAGCCCUAGAAAUGUUGUGUAUUCUCCUGUCAGGAUUAGGUUAAUUCUUCCGAAUUUCCAUUUCUCCGAUCCAGGUUAUCGUAUAAACAAAACCCUAGCGAUUUGGAGCCUUUUGAUUCUAGAUUACGAAACAAAAAUAGAGAACAAAUACAAAACCCUAGAUUUUAGAUUUAUGUAUUGAGCAGAGAUGUUUAGAUGAAUGCGUUUUGAGGGAGUUGUAUAAUUUGUUCAUGUAUAUGAAGGGAUGAGUUAGUCUGCGUUUGUUCGCGUUACGUAAGUAAUUUCAAGAUUGAUCUAAUGGAAAGGAGUUGUUUGAGUCGAUAGGUGGUGUUUUAGGGGAGGAUUUCCCAAUUUUGAAUAGGUUUGAUCGGGGCAGAAUAGGACUAUUGUAAACAAGGCUUUCGAAGCAGUAGAUGUAACUCAGUUUUGAAUCUCAUAGAAGGUUGUUACUUUCGUUAAUCGUAGUUGGCUUUUACUGAUAGGGUAUAGAGGGGUUUGAUUGCGGGCAGUUAGAUUACGCUGUUACGGCAAAAUGAGCUUGGCAAACGACGAUGGAAGCUCAGCUAUGGAGGCCUCUGAAUCGAUUCAAGAAUCUGAAAAGAAACCAAGAAUUUCUUAUACCAGAGAUUUUCUCCUUUCAUUAAGCGAGUUGGAAAUCUGCAAAAGCCUGCCGAGUGGCUUCGACCAAUCAGUUCUGAGUGAAUUUGAAGACAAUAGCGUACAAGAAAGGCCAAGAAGUCAUGGCAAUUUGCCAUUACAAGGUUUUCGUCGUAAUGAUUACAGCUCUUCACCACCCACUCGGGGUGAUUCAAGUACUUUCUCUCGAGGAGUCUAUGGAAGAUGGGACAAUCGCGCGUCUGGAUGGAGUGAUAAAGAUGGAGAUUCACAAUCUGAUUUGGAUCCAGAUUCUGGAAGACGCAAUCAUGGCAACAAUCAAUCUAGGAGACCAUGGCAAAACUCCGAGCAUGAUGGACUUCUUGGAAGUGGCUCUUUUCCAAGACCUUCUGGAUUUGCACCUGGGACAUCUGCUCCAAAGAGUCAAUCAAACGACCACUACCAUCUUAAUAGGAGUAAUGAGGCAUAUCAACCCCCUCGCCCUUUCAAGGCUAUCCCGCACGCCCGAACUAAUACCCAUGACUCAUUUAAUGAUGAAACAUUUGGUUCCAGUGACAUUGCAAGUCAGGAUAGAGCAGAAGAGGAAAGAAAGAGAAGAGCUUCUUUUGAGUUGAUGAGGAAGGAACAACAGAAAGUGCUACAAGAAAAGCAGAAAUCAAGUGGAAAUAAGCUUAAAAGUGAUGCAUUUAGUGAGCUUUUGGAGGAGAGCAAGGAAGAAGGGGUUUUGGAGGCAAGUGGUGGUGAAUUGAAUUCUGUAGUUCAAUCUGUUCCAAAUGAGGAUUCUGGGAAAUUAUCCAGUGUGUUGCAGUCUUCCAAACCCCGACCACUUGUUCCACCAGGAUUUAGAAGCACAAUACUGGAGAAGAGUUCAACCACAAAAACUAUCUCUUCCAUGGAAAAAGAGCAGAAUCCAAAACCUGGAAUAGAGGAAAUCCAUUUGAUUGGGAAGGGUAACCACACUCAAAAUGGAACCCUAGCCCUAGAUAACAUACAAUCACUUCAUAAGUUAGAUAUAACAGAGCAGGGUGAACCAAAUGAGAAGCUUGGAGUUGGUGAUCAUCAUUCACACAGAAUCUCUGGUUUUCCACAACUCCAUGAAGCUGUUGAUGGUGAAGUUUUUCAACUCAAUAAAAUUCUCAGCAAUUCCUCUCAGGAACCUUCAACAUCCAUUCUUGGAAAGUUUUUUGGAUCUUCUACUUCUCCAGCAGUUAAAGAUGGUGGGCCCACAGGUUUUCUUGAGCAGCAAAAGACUAAGCCAGAUGAUCCUCUCAGCCCCCGUAACGUCCAAUCUUCCAGAUUUGCUCAGUGGUUUAAUGAAGAAGAAAAGAAACCUGUGGAUGAUCAUCUCUCAUCUACCAGACCAAAUGACUUGCUUUCACUGAUUGUUGGCGGUGACAAAUCUGCAUCUCAAGUUCCUAAUAUCAUAUCACCCGACCCCCCAAUUGCACCAUUUGGUGUAAUUACCAAAACGCCCUCGGACUCCAACCAGUUGUACAACAAUUAUAGACAUGAAUCCGCUGCACCUCCGGUUGUUGCUCCAGUCCUUACAUGUGAAGACCUGGAACAAACUAUACUCUCGGAAUAUACCGAAAAAACCUCCUCAGCCUUGCCGCCACCUGUCCCCGAUUGGGCUGUUUCCGGCCAAGAUAACUCAAAUGCUAUACCGGUUGACAACCAAGCCACUAAUCACCUCCUUUCACUGUUACAAAAAGGAACCUCCACCACCACCAUUGAUGAUGACAUGAAAUCAUCAGAAAAUCAAAACCAUCCUCCAUCUGAAAAGCCAAAAGAUGAAGGGAAUCCCGGGCAGAAUCUUUCACUGGAAUCGCUUUUUGGGACUGCUUUUAUGAAAGAGCUGCAAUCUGCCCAAGCUCCUGUUUCUGCCCAGAGGGGCAUGGGGUCUGCCCGAAUCGAUAUAUUCGAGCCGAAUGAGCUAUCAAUGAACGGUCCGUUGUCUUCUAGUGUGGAAGGAAUGGGAAAUUACGAAAGUAACCCCACCCCGUUGUCCUCGAAACAGAAACAACCUGUGAAAUCAGACGACCCUGAAAGCUGGUUGAAGUUCAACGGUCCACGGGUCGAUCCUGACCCGUUGGAGUUCAGAAUUCCAAAGGCAAAGAUUGGAGAAAUCGAGCUGCCCGAAGAGGAAAGCUUGAUUAGCGUGGGCGAUCCAAACGUGACCCGUGACCCGUUUGGCAUAUCAGAAAAACUUGCAGCUCUGAAUUCUGGUUAUCUUCGUGGACCCCACGACAUGUUUGAACAGGAAAGUAGACAGUUUAAUAACAACAAUCUUCAUGUUCAUGGGCAAGGUCCAUCUCCUCAAAUGCAUGCAGCAGCACAAAUGAAUCAGAAUAAUAACAAUCGGCGUCCAAUGUUUCAUCCGUUGGACAUAAAUUCCCAAAUGAGAUUCCCGGAGCAUCUUAUGCAACGUGGCACGCCUCCACCACCUGCUCUUAAUCAACAGUUUCAACCUCCUUUUCAUCAUCACCCUGAUACUCGUGUCACUGGGUUUGACGUUAAUCCAGGUCAUCAUCAGCAUCAGCAAAUGCUGCCACCUCAGAUGCGGAUGCAGCAAGGAAACUUCCCUCCGCCACACCUGAUGCGUGAUGUUCCAAGACCUUUUAUGGGAGACAGGGAAGCAGCAGCGAUAGCAGCAAUGCACGGGUUCCCAUUUGGUCAGCAGAGCAACAUUGGGGGACUCGGUAUGCCAUUACCUGGGGUUGGUGAUGGGAGCCAUCCGGAAGUAUUUCAGAGGAUGAUGGAGAUGGAACUGAGGGCCCAGUCGAAGCAGCAGAUACGGCCACUCCCGCUGAAUAACAACCAAGGUGGGGGACAGGGGCUGGAUAUGGGUGGUUUCAGAUACAGAUAGGUGGCUGUGUAAUGUACAUGUGGACUGUGGAGUGGUCUGUGCUACACCUGCUACCUGAAAUCCAUGGUGAUAUUGUUAGUAGGGUUAAGGUGUUUGUUUUGAAACCGUAAGAAAACAGAGAGAGAGAGAGAGACAGAGAUGGUGAAACUUGUGUUUUCUGGUCGUGUUUUGUGUUUUCUUUUGUUGUUGGACUUGGACAAAGACAAAGGUUCCGUUCCUUGUUGGAUACAUAUGGUUUGUCAGGAUACAGGAUGUAGAUUCGUGAGAUUUUAUGUUGUAAUGCGCAUAGUUUUCUUUUCUUU